AUCGCUGCCGAGUCCUACGCCAUCCUAUGCUCCCUUCUCGCGCCGGUAUUUGAAUAGGCUCGCGUUGCGUAACGCGCGGCCAAUGACAGCGCCCCUGCACAUGCACGGGGCGGAGUCGUUACGUCACCGCGGUCUGCCCCCGCGGCCGCGCAGCCGCCGUGACGUCACGACCGCCCCUCGUGCCGCGCUCCGCACCGUGAACGCGCGACUCCAGCGCCCAUGCUGUCCGUGGCGUCGCACGGAAACUUGCGACAAAACACUCGUGCGCUCAAAGAUGGCGGAUGGGUCGCCCGAGGACCGUGCCGGCCCGAAACAAUUGAACGAUUUAACUUUUUCCGCGCCCGAUACAGGACUUGGUGACACAAAAAAGUGCAGUGGCGAAACAUUUGACGGCGAAAGUGUGAAGUUAUCGUUCUACAGAGAACUAGAAACGAGUGAAUCGUGUGAGAAAAGUGAUACGCGCGGCGUGGCUGCUAAUCGCGCCGCGGCCGUAGAAACGUAUUCCCGAAAAUCGUCUGAUGCGAACACCGUGGACGGCGACGACAGGAAGAAGAGAUGUCUGGACAGAUACGACAGCUCCGAGUCUUCUGACAGUGGCGUGGCGGUGCUGAGUCCUACGGAGAGCGGUGGAUGCAGCGGUAGCGACAUCACUGAGCCGCGCUCGCCGCGCAGCCCCGAGUCGUCGUGCAGCGCCACCGAAGAGAGCGCGGGCGCGCGCAUGCCGCCGUGGGCGUGUGAUCCGGCGCCGCCGGCCCCGCGACGCCUCGCGGUGCAACCCGCGCCCGUGCGGCGCUCGCAGCCGCCUAUACAUCGCCGCAUCACUGAGUACUUCAACCACAAAAUGAAGCCUCAGAACGGCCUCAAGCGCGAUAGCGUGGCUAACGAUGACACCAAGAAAAAGUGCCUACCUAAAAAUGGGGUCACGCAUGACCUAGAAAAAUAUAUUUCUUAUUUGUCACAGACGCUUAGUCCUAAAGUAUUAAUGGACGUCGGGAAGCAAAACGACGCUUCGGUUCGAAAGCCAACCAAUAAUACCAUUAAUGGCGCGGUGGACGCUUCAAAAAUGGCAGAUCUCAGUAAAACGACGCCGAACGGUACCUUCAAUGGUAUAAGUGACUUAAGUAGAUCUAACGAGACGAAAGAAAAGAGUCAUAUGAACAUGAAUGGGUUUUUGGAAAUCCGGCACGGGGCUGAGACUUUCUCAAAAGGCAAACAAACAGGAGGACUAUUGAAAGAGUUGAUAGAUGGUAAGAGACCAGGCCUUGAAAUAAAGACUACAUCUGACCCAUCCGCCAAUGGAUUACUAGCUAAUAAACACCAUACUGACAUGAGUAGACGUAAAGUUCCCAUACCUGCAUCUAGUGAACUGACCAGCAUGAGGAUUGCGCCGACUCCAACGAAUCAGUUACCUAAAAAAGUUAAUAAACAAACAGAUAAGUCCAAAAUGAACGGCGUAGUAAGUUCCACUACUAAAUUAGAUAGCAGAAUGAAUGGAGUGACAUUAGGAUCUAAUAAUUUAAAUCUAACGCCAAUAACAAAACCCGCUAAAAAGGAGUCUCCAAGAAAGUCGACAAGUACCGCAAAAAGGACCAACCGAAAGUCGUCCGCAUGCAUUGCCAAUAGUAAAAAUCUUACUUGGUCAAAGGCUAAUAAUCUUAAACAGCAGGUACAACUUCAAAAACAGAAUUGUGCAAACAUUACUCCAAACUCACCUAGUAAAUUAAUGCCGGGCGAAGCGAGUUCCGCACCUAAGAUAAAUAUUCCAAAUGGUGUUCAUCCAGCUUCCAUGAUCAAUGGAACCUUUACUAAUCUCAAUACCCCUGUUACGAAUAAUUAUCAAAAUUGCCACCCGAUCAAUAUACCACAACCUUGCAAUGGAACCGUAAAUCCAAACAAUUUAGCUUCAUUCGUUGCUGUGCCACAAAAUAUGAUGCUAACAACUUUAAGGAUACCUCAAAACGGUUUGGCGCCGCAAACACUGGGACAACAAAAUAAUAUGGCAGCUUUUAACCAACCCAACGUUUCCAGUCCCACGAAACUAAACAGCCAGUUCGUAUUUCCACUCAUGCAGAACAUAAACGGAACGGUAGUUCAAAUACCCAAUCUAAUGACAAAGAUGCCUAACUUUGUUCUUCCUCAAACUCCACAGUUGACGACACAAAGACAAGAUCAUUUACAAAACCAACAAGCGGCAUCUUUUCUUAUAAAAGGUACCCUAUUGAAGCUGGCCAACACAAUGACGCCGACGUAUCCGAACGUAAACAAAAGUGAGCCAGUUACAAGCCAACCUAUUUCUGUGAUGAAUAAAAAUGUGACAGGAAUGCAAACUGUCGGCAUGACAGUUCAAUCGAAACAGAAUUACACGGUGAAUUUCAGUCACCCUAUGCUUAUGCCUCAACCCGGUUUUAUUGUCACAUCUGUGCCAAAUAUAAACGUGAAGGAAACUUGGAGUUAUACAAAUACGAACACGGUAUCGUCCUCACAAACAACGACGUACUCAAGUCAAUUAGUUCACCAUCCACCUCCCAUCGUGCCCAACUACACCACGCCACAGGCGUUGCACACGAGUAGUAUUCCUAUAGCGCCCGUCAAACCACCGGACAAUCCUAUUCAGGGUACGGAUCCACCUAGUAGUACAGUAAAGGAACACGAGCUUAUAGAAAUGUCGUCGUCACCUAAAUGUGAUGUACCGUGGCUUUCCAAAACCGUAAAUAAUAAUAUAUUUCCAUUACAACCAAAUAAAAAGAAUUCGAGGCCUUUCGCACAAAUUAGUAGUAUAUCGGAGAAGCUUGAAGAGCUUGCGGCCAAGAAGGCGAAGUAUGACGAGAAAUUUGAGUUAAAGGAUGACAAGGUAGAGAUUACGCGAACGGAGACGAAUGCGGAACUUAGAAAGAUUGAGGAGGUCGCCAGGCGGGAAGAGACGAUCUUCACACAAAUCACCGUUCUCAAGGACGUGUCGUCGGACGUCCACAAUACUGUGAUAGAAGCUAAUUUCUGCAAUACUACAACCGAGUCCGAAUCAGGAAUAGGGACGGACAAGUCUAUAGACUCUCCUAGCGAUUCUCAAACUAGUAAAGAAUGUGAUGAAGAUUCUUCUUUAUCUUUGAGUAUAAGCGUGAGUUCUGUGGAGGUUCAAAGUCAGAAGAGUCCGAUCCUAAAGCAACCGAAGACGCUGCGCUUUCCUCCGAGGAGUUUGACGAAGCCAAGCAGUGACAGCCGGACGUCGAGUAGUGAUACGACGACCACCGUCACUGUUUGUCUGUGGGAGAACUGCAAACGGGAGUUUGACGGAGACCCAGAUCUAUUAGAUCAUUUACAGAGUGCGCACGUUGAAACGCAAGUCGGCAAAGAGCACUACGUGUGUCUAUGGGAGCAGUGCAAAGUGCGAGGCAAACCAUCGUGUUCUCGGCUAUGGCUGGAGCGUCACACUCUGUCGCACGGCGGGAACAAGCCCUUCAAGUGCAUCGUCGACGGCUGCGAGAGGCGCUUCUCCACGCAGACGUUAUUGGAGCGACAUGUAAACAACCACUUCAACGAAGCGACCUCUGGCGCCGGAUCAGGGAAGAAGUCAGCUGAGGGAUCCGUCAAACUCAUACGUAGAAAUGGCAAGAAGUUGCGGUAUAGAAGACAGCCGUGGUCUGCGCGCAUGUUCGAUUUCUUCGACUCGGGUAUGAUGGAGGGAUUAGCGUGGAGAUUGGUGCGGUCGACGCGUUGGAGGCUGGGCGGCGCGUGUCCACUGCGGGAACCGCCUGGUCGACACACGCUGACAUUGAGGGCAGCGCUCACUGCCACCCGGUACAAUGCUGCUGCCGACAGAAGAGAAGCUCUUGUCACUUAUUACCCGCCUAAUGUGCUGGAGGACGAGUGGGUGCCCGAGAAGGAGGUCAGCAGCAUCAAGCGCGUGGAGAUCGCGGAGCUGUCCGCCAGCGUGAAGGUGGCGCUGUACGAGCACUUCUGUGCGUCGUACCGCGCCGCCAGCCCCGCGCCGCCGCCCGCGCCCGCGCCGCGCCGCUCCACGCCGCGCCGCUGCGGCGCCGCGCGCGCGCUGUCCGACCUGCUGUCGCCGCGCCGCGCCGCGCCCUGCCGCACCGAGCCGCCGCAGUGCCGCGAGCCCGACCGCGCGCCGCGCCCCGCCGGCGCCGCCAAGCGCAAGAUGGGCCGCCGCUACGGGGGGAACUCCUUCUGGCCCGCCGGACGAUAGGCACGCUGCACGGACCGACGGCCACUCUGUCACGCGGGCAGAUCUAGGUUACGUUGACUAGGAAAAUGAUUUAGUUUGAAAUGAAUGAGGCAUUGUAUGAUUGAAUGUGAUCGACUCCAUUUUAUACAAGCCUAUCUGCCUUCCAAAGUUGCCGUCGGUCCGCUCGGAACGAAGGCGAUCUAUGAACUUUAUUGUCUUAAUUGGAUAGAAGAAAUGUUGUAUUCGAUAGACGUAGAUACUGUGAGCGUAUGUAGUUGGUGUGACGCCGAGCGAGACAGAUGUUGAUUCGAAGACAGGCUGACGGCCGACGAUAUCCGACUUAGGAAAAUUCUCGCCAAAGAUUGUUGAGGAGCCGCGAUGCGGUUUAGACUGCUAUACAGCAGAAAGUUAAAUUUUAUUCACAAGACUGAUGCUUUUUUAUAAUGAUAUUGAACGGUCGAAAUAUCGAGCCUUAACGCGUCCGUUCAUCGAGGUCGUAGAACGCGGCGCGAACAAACCGUGUACAUAGUUAGUGGAAGUGUAAUAUAAGUACGAGCUCGUAUUGUAACAUAGGCGACGUAGAGUAACGGACGUUAGUCUGAUAGCGUAAGUUAGGAUAAGGACGACCAGCGACGCGCAUCACUGCCAACUGUACAUAGUAGACGUGCCGACUCCGCGGUACAUAGAUUAGUAUUAAAUAAUUUCGCUUUUAGUUGUAAUAGUCCCCGCGUGUUGCUUUCGCUUACUGAGGCGACAGUCUUCCGGACAAGUGCCUCGCCGUGGGCUCGCACAGUGCCAGCUAGUGUUCACUAUACAUCAGAACGUACGUGCCUACUCAUAUCAAUCGAAACUCGCAGUUUACUCGUAGCGUAGGACGAACAAUUUUGAUAUUCGAUGUUUUAUUCCCUUUGUUGUGUUUGUGGCGGAGGAAUCAACACCUGUCACUAGUAUAUACAUAUUAUUACAUAAUGUCACUGCCAUUGAAAGUUGUGUACAACUUGUUAAGCCUCGACGAUACUGUUUAGCAAUAAAACUUUUGUGAUAAGAUUAUAUUGAUAACCGACGUUCGUUUCCACGCACAAGAUUAGCCGUAUUUUUGUGUGAUACAUUAAUAUACAUUAACAAUAUUGUAGAAGUGGUUUUAAAGAUAUAGAGUAAAUUUCUAAUUCAAUUUAUGAGAGGAUUUGUUUGUUGGAUAACACUUGGGAAGACAGCAUGAGUAUUCGUACUUUAUCAUUUGUUUUAUACAUUUUAUGUGCGUCCAUUUGUUGAUGACAAAGUCUAUUUUAUUCACACAACAUAAUGAACUUUAUUUUUGUAUAAUUUCUUAAUAUUUCCGUCUAUACAUGUAAUUCUUGUUGCCUAUACAAUUUGUUACAUAUUGUUAACUAUCAUAUUUCAAUGUUGUUUAUUACAUAUAGCUUGAAUUAUGAAAUUUCUUGAUUAGAAUGACUUCAAAAUAAUGAAUUUAUAUCCUUGUUGGAGUCUAUGUGAUGUUAUGACUUAUUAUGAUUCUGAAUGCUAUGCUAUAAUAUAGCAUUUGUUGUUGGUAAAUGAGUGCACGUACAGUUCCAUUGGUUCCACGAUAGAGUCACAGUUCGCAUGAUAUAUAAGAAUACUCGUGUUGUAGUUCGUAGAGUGCGGUUAGAGGAUAUAGUGAUGCUGUUGUGAAGUAAUGUAUUGUAGUGGCGAAUGUUUUUAGAUCAUUGAAAUGUAAGGAGCCUUGAAAUGUUCAAUAUUAAUAAUUUAUUGUAAGUUAUGGUUAUGUCUCCAUAGCCAAUAGAAAAGCAAUGUUGCAUCGUGUUCUUUAUAAUAUUAAAUAUAUUAAUAUCGAGUUAUAUAAGCGAUUUGUGUAAAAGAAACACCAAGUUGAAUGUUGUUAAUGAUCGCGAGACAGUUUAAGUGUAGUUUCCAAUGAUCUAAGCGCAUUUAUAAGGCAAGUCCGGUGAAAUGACUCCGAAUGGUAUACAGAGAGGACGUCUCAGCUCAUACAGUAACUCCAUGCCAAUGAACUAAUGUCAAUAGCUGAUUAGUACAGAGUUUAGGUGUAAAUGAACUAUUUCCACUUUUUGGAUGCCCCUAUACAGAAGUUGUCAGAUUAUAAACUGCCUUUUAGCCAUAAGGGAUUAUACAAGUGAAUAUAAAAUUGUGUUCUGUGCUCACACGAUCUCGCUAGUAUUUUUUAGUUAGUGCCUAUAGCGUUAAGUUAGGAAGAAUUGUGUGAACGUGGUGUUUACUUAAUUGUAUAAAACACCAGAACGUAUUUUUCAGACUAUCGCUUAUCGUAAACUGGAACGGAGAUUUUAUUAGAUUCAUUUAGUAGUGUAAAUCGGCCCCUAGACUAAUAUUGUGAAUUGAAUGUGAAUAGUAUGUUGUGGCGCGAGCCAGCGGGGAGUGCGUAGUGUCGCGGCCGGGAUGAGUUAGUUCCGAAGUAUACAGGGCGCCUCGCGCGUAUACUUUAGCACGAAUUCGUAGUAGGUACGGACCCAAAGAAGUGUAUAGGAAAAUUUCUCUAGUAGUCAAGUUGGUGCCUGAUUGUUCGCGAGUUCAGGGGAUCGUAUGCUAACAUAUUAUACAGUUUAGACUUCCUUUUGGAGCAUUUCCAACGUACUGAUUAUUUUUUUAAUAAAUUUAAAAAAUUAGAGUAAUUAUUUUUUCAGCACUGAUCGUAGUGCCAUAUUUUAUUGGCUCGCUUUUUUUAAUAAAUUAUUUUUAUAGUGAAAUUCGACACCAAAAUCAGAAAGACAAAAUUAGUUUUUGUUCUAUCCGUGUAACAAUAUGGACUUGAAUAUUUGAUCUCAGAAUCGGCAGUGUAACAGAUAAUGAUGAGGAUGCAUGAGAGGAUCCCAGUCCCUGCGAUCCGUGACUGUUAUUCUAAUGAACAUGUGAAGUGUCGCUCAAUUUAAACUUAUUUUACUUACAAGAACAAACUUUGACACAUACAAACAUCUGGCCUAUGAAAUGCUUGAGUACAAAUUUCGUUUCGCUAUAUUUACGACGCGAUAAAUUAGUGUUUGGCAAAUAAUCGGACUAAAAUUAUAUUAACAUUAGAUUAGAGUUAGUCGUUCAGAAUGUUAGUCAGAGAUGAUAUUUUGUGAAGACAAUAUGUCUCUACGGACGAGGCGAUGAAAUUAUAUCGGAAAUACAUUGAUAUACAUAUUGGUAAGCUCGAAAAGAUACAAUAUAUUUUUAUCACUGCCACAAUAGUCAUAGAUGUUGUCGUGUCGAUGUGAGAAUUGAGUUUGGUUUUGCAUGUCUGUGGGACGCGCGCCCGUUCACUUAUUGCUCAGCGAUUUUUUUUAUAAUUUUAGUUAUCCGCCGCCUCACUCGCAUGCAAAAUCUUUUUGUUACGUGACAGAGUAUACAACGGGGAACAAUGGUAGUCGCUGCCAAUUUUAUUUAAGCCCAAUCGUUUGAUCAGAGUUAUGUUGUGAGGUGUGUCCACUGAUGCUUGUGAAGGCGUGAAACACAUUACAGCCGUGCGCAGACGUACAGUCGGACAGUACGACGCCAUACGAUUAUGUUGCUGGAUAUUGUGAUUCAAUAUUUCCGCGUGCACUUUGACAGAACUCGAGGAAUGUAUAUAGUUAAGUAUUUAUUAGUAAGUAUUAUUCUGCAGAGUACUGUAAUUUGCUUCGCGCCUGGUUGCGAGGGCGGCGCGGCGGCCGAGGCGGGCCGCGGCCGCGCGGGGUUAGUCUAGUGGUAAUGUUCGAGUUGUCUUUCAAACACGUUUCCUAUAUUAUGCGUUUAUUAUAUGAAUGUUCUCCUUUAUUGUAAAUGUUUGAAUACAAUAGUAACUAUGUGGAGCCUGUGUAUUCCAAUAGUGUGCACUACUUAUUCAAUUUGUAGAUAUUUAAUUAUAUAUAGUAAAUGUUUAAUGCGUUGUCUUAUUUGCUUUAUACCCUAUGGUGAAAUCGGUGAAAUUUAAUUAUAAUUUUGAACCCACGAGCUGAUGGGUAAUCUACCUCAAUUAAUUUAUCACACAUUUGGGCAUAAUAAUAGUGAAUGUUAAUUUAAAUUUGAAAUUGUUCAAUGUAGUGAUUAUUAAGGUUUUUUUUUCAAAUGAAAUGGUUUGUCCACCUGUCACAAGUACUGUAUCUUAUAUUAAAUACAUAUUGUAUGAUUGAUAAUAA